AGUGCGAGGUUACGCCGCCCGCGCCCGCCCCGAGCCGGCCGGGAGUAUUUGAGCUGGAGCGCGGAGGGGGCGUGUGGAGAACGUGCGGGGAGAACCCGAGGGGAGGUCGCGCUUCGUCCCCGCGGCCCCGGGGAGAGCUUGUGGCGGCGCCGCGUUGGGUCGGCCGCAGGGAGCUGUUGCUCGGGGAUGACUUCUCUAGAAGCAGUGAUUUAAACUUGUGAGAUGCUUCCAUUAACUGGAAAAACAAUCAUCUUUGAUAACUUUCCCGAUCCUUCUGAUACAUGGGAAAUCAUUGAAACGAUCGGCAAAGGAACUUACGGGAAAGUUUUUAAAGUGUUAAAUAAGAAAAAUGGCCAAAAAGCAGCAGUGAAAAUUCUGGAUCCGAUUCAUGACAUUGAUGAAGAGAUUGAAGCAGAGUAUAACAUCUUAAAAACGCUUUCUGACCACCCUAAUGUGGUCAGAUUCUACGGGAUGUACUUUAAGAAGGAUAAAAUAAGUGGAGAUAAGCUGUGGUUGGUUCUUGAGCUGUGCAAUGGAGGAUCAGUGACAGAUCUCGUGAAGGGUUUUCUGAAGAAGGGCAAAAGAAUGAGUGAGCCCAUAAUUGCCUAUAUUUUACGUGAAGCACUAUUGGGACUUCAGCAUUUGCAUAACAACAAAACUAUCCACCGAGAUGUAAAAGGAAAUAACAUUCUGUUGACCACUGAAGGUGGAGUUAAACUUGUAGAUUUUGGUGUGUCUGCACAACUCACCAGCACUUGGCACCGUAGGAAUACAUCCGUGGGAACACCAUUUUGGAUGGCUCCUGAGGUGAUUGCAUGUGAACAGCAAUUGGAUACCACUUAUGAUGCCAGGUGUGACACAUGGUCCCUGGGGAUCACAGCCAUCGAGCUAGGGGAUGGAGAUCCUCCACUGGCCGACCUGCAUCCUAUGAGAGCACUCUUCAAAAUACCAAGGAAUCCACCCCCCCAUCUAAGGCAGCCUGAGAUAUGGUCAGCAGAAUUCAAUGACUUCAUUAGCAAGUGCUUGACUAAAGAUUAUGAAAAGCGUCCAACAGUAUCAGAUCUUUUACAGCAUAAAUUCAUUACUCAAAUUGAGGGCCAAGAUGUGAUGUUGCAGAAGCAGCUGAUGGAAUUCAUUGAUAUUCAUCAAGGCAUGGGAGGCACAGAAAAAGCCAGACAUGAACGUAUUCACACCAAGAAGAGUAACUUCAAUAGAUCACUAAUAUCCACUCUGAAGGAUGUAGAUGAUUUAGCAACCCUAGAAGUUUUGGAUGAGAAUACAGUCUCCGAGCAACUUGAGAAGUGUUAUUCCAGAGAUCAGAUUUACAUCUAUGUGGGAGAUAUACUCAUUGCUCUUAAUCCUUUUCAGAGUCUGUGUCUUUAUUCCACAGAGCAUUCUAAACUAUAUAUUGGAGCAAAGAGAACUGCCAAUCCUCCUCACAUUUUUGCAAUGGCUGACGUAGGAUACCAGUCCAUGAUAACAUAUAAUUCAGAUCAGUGCAUUGUUAUUUCUGGAGAAAGUGGUGCUGGAAAGACUGAAAGUGCUCAUCUUUUGGUUCGGCAGCUGACGGUGCUUGGAAAGGCUAAUAACAGAACUCUGCAGGAGAAGAUUUUACAAGUGAACAAUUUGGUGGAAGCCUUUGGCAAUGCCUCCACUAUUAUAAAUGACAAUUCCAGCCGAUUUGGAAAAUACUUAGAAAUGAAAUUUACCUCUUCUGGAGCUGUAGUGGGAGCACAGAUUUCUGAAUACCUUCUGGAGAAAUCCCGAGUUAUCCACCAACCUCUUGGAGAAAAAAAUUUUCAUAUUUUUUACUAUAUCUAUGCUGGAUUAGCUGAAAAGAAGAAACUAGCCCAUUACAAAUUGCCUGAAAAGAAGCCUCCCAGAUAUCUACAAAAUGACCACCUCAGAACAGUACAGGAUAUGAUGAAUAAUAGUUUCUAUAAAUCCCAAUAUGAAUUAAUUGAGCAAUGUUUCAAAGUCAUAGGUUUUACAAUGGAGCAACUUGGAAGUAUAUACAGUAUACUGGCUGCAAUCAUGAAUGUUGGAAACAUUGAAUUUUCUUCUGUGGCAACUGAACACCAGCUUGACAAGAGCCACAUUUCCAAUCAUGCAGCUCUGGAAAACUCUGCUUCUUUGCUUUGCAUUCAGGCAGAUGAACUAAAAGAAGCUCUUACCUCCCACUGUGUGGUCACUAGAGGAGAAACCAUUAUUCGACCCAAUACGGUCGAAAAAGCUACUGAUGUCAGAGAUGCUAUGGCCAAAACUUUAUACGGGCGUCUCUUUAGUUGGAUAGUCAAUCGCAUUAACAGCUUAUUGAAGCACGGCACAUCGCCAAGUGGGAACGGUGAUGAGCUGAGCAUUGGCAUUCUGGAUAUAUUUGGCUUUGAAAACUUCAAAAAAAAUUCCUUUGAGCAGCUGUGCAUUAACAUUGCAAAUGAACAAAUUCAGUAUUAUUUCAAUCAACACGUGUUCACAUGGGAACAGAAUGAAUACCUAAAUGAGGAUGUUAAUGCCAGAGUUAUUGAAUAUGAAGAUAACCGGCCCCUCCUAGAUAUGUUUCUGCAGAAGCCGAUGGGUCUACUGUCCCUACUUGAUGAAGAAAGUGGAUUUCCCAAGGCCACCGACCAGACUCUUAUAGAAAAAUUUGAAGGUAACCUGAAAUCACAGUACUUCUGGAGGCCCAAAAGAAUGGAACUUAGUUUUGGAAUUCACCAUUAUGCGGGAAAGGUCCUCUAUAAUGCAAGUGGGUUCUUAGCUAAAAAUAGAGACACUCUUCCAACAGAUAUUGUGCUGCUUUUGAGAUCAUCCGAAAACAGCGUAAUUCGGCAACUGGUCAGUCACCCUCUGACAAAAACAGGUAAUCUGCCACAUUCUAAAACUAAAAAUAUAAUAAACUAUCAAAUGAGGACCUCAGAAAAAACGAUCAACUUGACAAAGGGUGAAACUGGAGAAGCCACACGUCACGCCAUAGAGACAACCAACCUGAAAACACAAACAGUUGCAUCAUAUUUUAGAUAUUCUCUGAUGGAUUUGUUAUCUAAAAUGAUGGUGGGCCAACCUCAUUUUGUCCGGUGCAUCAAACCAAAUAAUGACCGUCAGGCAAGAAAAUACGACAGAGAGAAAGUUCUCCUACAGCUUCGCUACACAGGAAUUCUGGAAACAGCAAGAAUUCGAAGGCUGGGGUACUCACAUCGGAUACUUUUUGCUAACUUUAUAAAGCGGUACCAUGUUCUCUGCUACAAGUGGAAUGAAGAACCCCCAGUGAGCCCUGACACCUGUGCCACCAUUUUGGAAAAAGCUGGUCUGGAUAACUGGGCUCUUGGAAAAACGAAAGUGUUCCUUAAAUAUUAUCAUGUGGAACAGUUAAAUUUAAUGCGAAAGGAAGCCAUUGACAAGCUUAUUUUGAUUCAAGCCUGUGUCAGAGGGUUCUUGGAUUCACGGAGGUACCAAAAAAUACAGGAGAAAAGAAAAGAGAGUGCUAUAAUAAUACAGUCAGCUGCAAGAGGACAUCUAGUCAGGAAACAAAGGAAAGAAAUUGUUAACACAAAAAACACAGCAGUAACAAGUAUUCAGACUCAUGAUCAGCAAUUUGACUACAAGAAAAACUUUGAAGAUAAAAGGGAAUCUUUUGUGAAGAAACAGACAGAAAAUGUGGUCCCUACUAACGAAACAGUCAUUCCAGCUCCAAAUAAUAAAGGAAGUACAUCUGCAGUGAAGACUUCUACUUUCAGAGUUGAAGGGGAAGCCAUGAUUGCUGUUGAAAGUAACAACAGAGGACAUCAAACUCAGAAAAAAAUGAAUAACAUGUAUGGAGAAGAGGCUAAGCAGGAAGUGUAUCUGGUGGGGGACCCUUGGACAGAAGGACAGCCUAAGAAGAAAUACGCGAAAGACCUGGAAGAGAAUAGUAAGGUAAGGAGAGUGGAGGAGAACACUGUGCUCCAGAAUUACUACCAGAGGUAUGCAGAGGAAAGGAAUUUUGAAGAAUCAAAAGUGGCAUAUCUAGAAAGGAAGGCCAUCUCGGAAAGGCCAAGCUAUCCAGGACUUUGGGUGGUGGAGAAUGAGACAAAGCAACCUUCUUUAACAAAAAGUUUGGAACCCAGUCUUAGCCAAAGGUCGGUUCAUCAAAAUGGAGAUAGCAAGGAAAAAGAAAAGAAGACAUCUGUAGUUACCCAGAAUGCACCAGUGUGCAGCCACCAGAGAAGCCAUUUGACGCCUGGGUCGGUCAGAGAGAGGCCAGCCCAAGCCAGCAUGCACGCCCAGGAGGAAGAUAGAGCAGCAGUGUUCAUUCAGAGCAAAUACCGGGGCUACAAGAGAAAGCAGCAAUUACAGAAGGACAGGAUGUCUUCUUUUCAAAGUCAAAAGGUUGUUUCAAAACCAACAGAAGUAGCAACAAAUACCCAUGAUUUGUACUCCUAUCCCACAAAACAUGAGGAAUCCUGUAAUAUCAGGACAAAGAAUGAUAGAGACUCAAAGGCAGUUUUAGAGAACGAAGCAUGUGAUUUGGCAAUCUUUUCAAAACAGAUAUCAAAGUUAUCUGAAGAAUAUUUCAUUCUGCAGAAAAAACUGAAUGAAAUGAUUUUGUCACAGCAACUGAAGCCUCUUUAUCUGGGUGUCUAUCCUCAUAAGCCAAUUAAUAGACGAGUUUCUUCUCAGCAGUGCCUCUCAGGUAUCUCUAAAGAAGAAGAGCCAAAAAUAUUGAGGCCCCCAAGACGGCCCCGGAAACCCAAAACAUUAAAUAACCCUGAGGACUCCACAUACUAUUAUCUACUACAUAAGUCAAUCCAAGAAGAAAAACGAAGACCAAGGAAAGAUAGUCAGGGGAAAUUAUUAGAUUUGGAAGAUUUCUAUUAUAAGGAAUUUUUGCCUAGUCGUUCUGGACCAAAGGAACAUAACCCUAGCUUAAGAGAACGAAGACAAAAGAGAGAACACCAGCAUCGAUGUUUUAAUGCUGAUGAAAGGUGCUGGGCGGAGGAGAACCAGGGGCUGGAGGAAAAUGGGCCCGCAACCAAUCCCUACGACUACAGGAGGCUCCUGCGCAAGACCUCCCAGCGGCAGCGCCUCGUGCAGCAGGUGUAGCCCGGCUGGUGGAGGCCACCGCGGUGGGAAUGUGCGCGAGACUGCGGGGUUGCAGGAGCCAAAGCCCGGGCGCUGGCACGACCAGGCGCUGAUGCCCCGGCCCUGACCAUGGCAGGGGCUGCCCGCUGCGCUCGCCUCUCGAGUGUCAGGGCCAGCCUCACCGAAGGAGGAGGAGAAGUGAGAGCCUUGGAUGCCGCGUCUCGGCACUCCGGCACCCUGCACUCCCACUAGCCCGCCAGCUGGGGCAUCCCUAUCCCUGGCCCCCAAUGUAUCUCUUUGUUCACUCAUUUGAGACUCCUGUGGACCCGACUGCGCCUGAGCUCUCGCCGAUCCCUCCUCUCUCAUUUUGGAAGACUUCAAAGAUUUCUUUUUCCUUGGAAACCGCUCUCCCAGGCCUGCGGGACACUGGAGGGGCGAGUAAAACAAAGCCCGGUGGGAGAAGAGGCGAGGGUGGGGGAAGCUUUGAAGAUGAACUCCUUCUCAAACUCGCGCUUUCCCUUCCCUUGGUUAUUGAGGUUAUUAAAUAAAGGAAGUGCCUUGGAAAGUCCGUGGCUUUCGGGGCUGGUACGCCAUAUUCCCCUUUAGGGCUAGACUCCUGCUGUCCAGCUGUGCGGGUGCAGGUGCCCAGGCAAGGAAGUGACGGUGCCUUCUGUCUCCUCCAGCGAACAAUCAUCGCCUCCAGACAUCCCAAACAAACAUACUAAGUUAAAAACCUGAGUCUUGCGGCGCAAACGUGACCUGCAGACAAGUCCCCAAGCCCCACACACACACUGCGCGCGCGCACGCACACACACACCUUUGGUCCCACCACUGAGCUAACUGUUGGGCUUUUUAGGUUCUUCUAGUCUGAAGAUUUGGGGCAAUCUCGGCGCCAAAUUUUGGCGUAUGUAAGAGGGAUGGGCAAUGGGUAGGCAGAGAGGUUUUUCUCAGUUGAUGGCGUCUUAGUUUAGAACCUGGGUUGAGCCCUUCUAUGGAACUGACACCCUCCGUUGUCAACGGGGUCUGAAGAGCGCGCGGAAGGAUGACGAGGUGAUUUCACGGACGACUGAACUGGGAGGAGGGUUCUGGCUGGGAUAGGGCUUGUUCCUCUUGCUGGUGUCCCUCGCGUGCGGGGCCCGAAGCCAGAAGACUGGAUUGAGUGAGGACGGGUGGACGUUCGUUAGCCGCUUGCUCAUCAGAAGUUAAGUACUCUCCAACCCAAAAUGUUGACGCCGAAAGGUCCCCCAGAGAUGCUCCUACAACCUCUUCAUUUUACAGAGGAGACCCCCGAGAGGCGAAACUUCCCACAGUGGCCGGAUCGAGCUCAGAGUUCAAGGGCGCUGUAGGCCCUGCACCUUCCCCGGGUUCUCCUUGCGGCCUCCGCUGAGACUCAGCCCUGCAGACUGACGGCUGGGUUGUGACUUGCUGCAGGCUGGGCCUAGCUCAGGCACCGGUGAAACCAGCGCCGCGGGGCACUGUAUACGGCCGAGGGGGAGAGAGGGAUUCUGGUCCCCGAGGUGAAUCGAGUCCCUCCGCCGCAACCUACCCAUCCACAUACCACCUACCACCACGAGGCCCUUGCGGGGCAAAGCUGAGCUCCGCGUCGCUACCAGGCAAGCCCCUUCUUAAAGCUUUUGAAGUGGCCUGUGUAGACCAGAGCCCUGGCAGUCCGGCCCUUAGGUUCUGGAUUGGGAGGCAGUAGGCUCCCUCCCUAAACUCCCCACCCACUUUUUAAGUGAGAUUAAGGAAUGGGAAACGCUUA